ACCAGCGCCGCCCUGAAGAGAGAGAGAGAGAGCGAGUUAGAGCCCCCCUACCAGCAGCCCUCUCCUCCCCACCUAACAACAACCUCAGCCCCGCAGCUAGGCUCUCUCACAACGACCCCACCCCGCCCCCAACCCCCUCUGAGAGAGGGGACGGAGCGAGACGCGCACCGAGGAAAACGAAGAAGGAGAGAAAAAAAAAUAUAAUCGAGCGCUUCGGGUUGCCCUCAAUCCGGGCCUACUAAUGCUGUAGCGGAGCGAGGAAGAGCGACAACAAGGCACUGAUUGAGGAGUCGGCGUCGGGGUGGACCAAGGCGGAACCCGGGGGGGAACACGACGCUUGUUCAUUCGCUUGUUCGUCACCAUCAUGGGAUGUACGCUGAGCGCGGAGGAGCGAGCCGCUCUGGACCGGAGCAAGGCCAUCGAGAAGAACCUGAAGGAGGACGGGUUGGUGGCCGCCAAGGACGUCAAGCUGCUUUUACUCGGCGGAGGGGAGUCCGGCAAAAGCACUAUCGUCAAACAAAUGAAGAUUAUCCAUGAAGAUGGCUUCUCCGGGGAUGACGUGAAGCAGUAUAAGCCCGUGGUCUACAGCAACACCAUCCAGAGCUUGGCAGCCAUCCUGCGAGCCAUGGACUCGCUGGGAAUCGAGUUUGGAGACAAAGAUCGAAAAGCGGAUGCCAAGCUGGUGUGCGACGUUGUGAGUCGCAUGGAGGACACAGAGCCGUACUCUGCGGAGCUCCUCAGCGCCAUGAAGCGUGUUUGGGCCGACGCCGGGACUCAAGAGUGCUUCAACCGGGCCCGCGAAUACCAGCUCAACGACUCGGCCCAAUAUUACCUAGAUAGCUUAGACCGAAUUGGAGCAGCUGACUACCAGCCCACAGAACAGGACAUCCUGAGAACCCGAGUGAAGACCACUGGCAUUGUGGAAACUCAUUUCACCUUCAAAAACCUCCAUUUCAGGCUCUUUGACGUGGGAGGUCAGAGGUCAGAGAGGAAGAAGUGGAUCCAUUGCUUUGAAGAUGUGACCGCCAUCAUCUUCUGCGUGGCCCUGAGUGGUUACGACCAGGUGCUCCACGAGGACGAAACUACUAACCGCAUGCACGAAUCCCUCAUGCUGUUCGACUCGAUCUGCAACAACAAGUUCUUCAUCGACACCUCCAUUAUCCUCUUCCUCAACAAGAAGGACCUCUUUGCGGAGAAGAUCAAGAAGUCACCGCUGACUAUCUGUUUCCCCGAAUACACAGGUGCUAACACUUACGAUGACGCCACCGCGUACAUUCAGGUUCAGUUCGAGAGUAAGAACCGCUCUCCUAAUAAGGAGAUCUACUGUCACCUGACCUGCGCCACGGACACGGGAAACAUCCAGGUGGUGUUCGACGCCGUCACCGACAUCAUUAUCGCAAACAACCUGAGAGGAUGCGGCUUAUACUGAGCACGGCCGUCGUUCGCGGAGAGCGUGAGGCGUUGCAAAUCAUUUUCAUGAUACUUCAACAACAAAAAAGAAAAAAAAAAAAAAAAAAACCACACAAAAAUAUGUAAUUCUACACGUCCGAAACGGACCCAAAGAGCUGCCGUCAGACGUCACGUCUGAUUCAUGUCAUGAUUUUGUCCUCUUCCUACUCUUUAUGAGUUCACAACCCCGGUUUUGUCUUUGAAUGUCAAAUGAGGGGGCAGGAGCGGUGCCGGAAAAGCAGUGCAAAAGGUGCAAAUAACCUCAAACAUUGUGUGGAGAAGCAGUAAAAUGGCGAGAGCAUAAUGAAAAUAUAUCGGGGUAGGGAGGGGCGUUCACAUGGCCCGGGCCGCACACAUGACCCAGUAGCCCGCAGGUCCGUUCCACUCUUUUUCUCUUGUACUUCAACAGAAAGAGAGUAUUAUCCUGUGUAGAGUGGUCUCAUGUACUAAGAGGACCGCCUAUUGGCCAAUAAUAUCUCACGAAGGAAAAAAAAAAAAUCAUAUCGGUGCCAACCAUCUGAGAACAGAUUAGAGUCAUAGUUGCUUAUUAUUUAAGGUUAUGGCCAUGGAAUAAUUUAUUUAAGCCUCAUGUCCCGUUCUCCAUCCUCCUGAAUGCCACACAUUUGAUUUCCAGACAGGGAAGGUUGUGCUCGUAGCCCUCAAUGUAAAUCUGUUUAGACAUAGGAGACUGCACAAGGAGAAUAUCAUCAGAGGCAGCCUCUGUCUGGUGGGGGGGGGCUCAUAUUCGAAACCUCCACCUUAAAACACUCCCUCCCAUCCGUCCCUUUUCACACAAAAUACAGCUCUCCAAUUCCAACACCCCGUUCCCGUAUACACGUCUCCCCUCAUAUUCUAUCCGCCCUCACCUUAAAAAGCACCAUAUUGUAUAUAAAUAUAUUACAAUUAUACCAGAUUUUUUUUUUUACUGUGAAUGUUUUUGUGCCGCAUCCCAUCUUAUUCUGUAGUUCAUUGGUUGCUCUCAUGUGGAAUGUUUGUGCUGAGCCAAUCGAAUGUUGUGUUUACAUUAAAGCUACACUUUUCCUAACUA